UUUCAAUUAAGGGAGGAUGAUAAUCUCGGUAUCAUGAUUUCAAACAUUGCCGCCAUUGCGACUGUGGUCGCUGGGGUGUAUUCUCUCCUUCAUAUCCUCUUGCAUCUUACUCAAAGUCCAAAAGAACCACCCACAAUUGGCAAUGCUAUUCCAUUCAUAACCCCUAUUGUGGGGAUGAAGACUUUGAAGGCAAAAUUCUACGAAGUCAUGAGAAAUAAGUACAAUCUUCCUAUAUACACUCUGCGCCUCCCAGGCGCAAGACUUUAUGUUGUCAAUUCCAUCACCCUUAUCCCUGUCGUUCAGCGUCAAUUCAGAACUUUGUCUUUCACAGCCAUCGAAGCAGCUGUCGCAAAAAAUGUGAUAGGUGUCUGCGAAGCAACAGAUAAUAUCAUAUCCAGUAAUCUUACAGAUGAUGACGGGUAUUUGAUGAGCUUCUCAAGAUACAUUCACCCGAUGUUAAAUGCAGGAUCACCUUUAGAUUCGAUGAACAGGAGAGCCGUUCAAGUCAUCUCUGAGUCUUUAGAGAAGUGGGCAAAGGGAGGCCCUACAACAGUGGAUAUGUUUCAUUGGAUCCGCCACGAGCUUGUAAGCGCCACCACUGAAAGCGUCUAUGGGCCACAGAAUCCAUUUCGAGAUCCUAGGAUGGAGAAAGCUUGGUACAAAUUUGAGCCGAACAUCUUCAUAUUUAUCCUCAAUGUUUUUCCGUGGUUGUUAGCUAGAGAGGCUUUCCAAGCUCGCGAGUAUAUGAUCACACUCUGGGAACGCUAUUUUGACCAAGGCGGUCACAAGGAAGGUUCUGGACUUGUCCAAGCCCGUGUCAAGAUUAACGAGGACUUUCACAUUCCGAUCAAAGAAACAGCUAGGGUUGAGCUGGGAGGAGUUCUAGCUAUCCUUGCUAACACCGUCCCUUCGGCAUUCUGGGUGAUUUAUCACAUAUUCUCAGAUCCUCUAGUCUUAGAAGACAUCCGAGCUGAGCUGUCUAACGGCGUUCGGGAGAUUGAUGGUGUCUGUACGAUUGACAUGGUUCACGUCAAAGAGUCCUGUCCCAUCCUAUUGUCCGUAUUUCAAGAGAUGCUCCGCGUCAACGGAACGGCCAUCUCUGCUCGAAUUGCCCAAGAAGACGUUAUGCUCGACAAUAAGUAUCUCAUCAAGAAGGGUAGCACCGUCUUAAUCCCGUCAAGCAUACAACAUACAGACCCAUCAAUUUGGGGCGAAAACGUAAACGAGUUUUAUCACAAGCGAUUUGUGCGAGAACCAGGUGUCAAGCGUCCCAACCCUAUCGCCUUUCGUGGAUUCGGAGGUGGCACGACUCUAUGCCCAGGGCGCCACUUUGCGACUACAGAGGCCUUGCUAUUCUCAGCGUUAAUGGCCCUGAGAUUUGACGUCACCCCGGUGGGAGGAAAAUGGGUCCAUCCUACCACAGAAAACUCACCCUUAUUUCCUGCUAUACCGGUGCCAGAUUCUGUGAUAGAUAUCGAGAUCCGCCCAAGGAACAACAUGAAGUGGAAUGUGUCAUUUUCGAAAUCCGACAUGGAUCUUGAGAUCUCCGCUGAGGAUAUAGAAGGCAUAGCGCCCAAGUUAAGUCACUAAUAUUCCAAAUGAACGUUGGUACCGUCUCAUAACAUAUCGUCCAACUUAACUAGAUUCACUGUUUAAUUAUCUGAUACUGGCAGACCGGUAACGUGUUGAACCCGGGCAGCCAGGAGGUACCUAAGCAAGCAUAGUGGGGUCGACCAGCGACCCCACUUAGAUAUCUUUACAGCGUACUAGGUACAUACAACAGCUACUACCAAGCACUAGCUAGCAACUUAUUUUUUUCCUUCCCAAACUUUUGUCAGGAAGUCUUCAAUUUGAGUGAACUCGAAGUCUGGAAAAAGUUGGUUCAACUCAUCCGAAAUAUCCCAUGCACCUUUUGAACUGCUCAGCAAAAUGCCAAUGGAAACAGCCUUGAGAAAAGCCAAUGCUUGGUCCUCCGAGACCAUUUUAUGAAUCGCUUUUAUAUUCCAAUUCGUCU